ACCUCUGUCAACUGUCAAACCCCGAAAUAGACGCAGAUUCCGAACGGAGAGAAAAAUCAAAACAAAAAUAACACUUUUCCAAGGGUAAAUGAACCGUGUGUACUGUCCGCGUGUGGUAACACACAGCACCGCAAUUUAUCGUCCCCUGUUUACAAACCGCACCGGUUGUACCGGGCUGAUGGGUGCAUUUUGGAGUUAAAAGAAGGCAGAACGCUCCAAAGCUAUUGAUCUUCCGAUCGGCAACCAUCCUACAGGUAGUAAACAUAGCAACCACCACCAUCCAGCGUGCGGUAGCUCCGUAGCAACGACGACCGAAAAUCGAAAACCUCGUGGCAGACGGCGACGGUGUGCUGCUGGUACGCAUCCACAUCCCAUUUGGCGCUGUACCGCAAUGCGUAAGUACCAACAGCUGGCCCUGGUGCUCCUGUCGAUAACGUGCGUCGUGAUACUGUUGGUGUACAAAAGCGAAAACAACCGACUAAAGUAUGUGCUCGAGGUGGUCAACAUUUUCGGGCGUAACGACGCGGCCAGCCUGAUACGCAUCGAUAACAGUAGCCGGUUGCACAGCUCACCGUACGAUUUCGACAGCCCGCUACCGGCCUGGCAGCGGCUCGGCGAUGGCUUCUACGUGUACUCCGCCUUCUGGCAGAAAAACGAGCUCGCCGCGGGCGGUACGGUCAUCAGCAUAGCGGUCGGGCUCGAACAUGCCGCAGUCAAUUUCAAGUGUCAGGUGCAGCACGGCACCGGGGACGUUGCUACCGGCAAGCUUCAUUUCGUCCGGCUAGAACAUCCGACCGGUUCGGUGAAGGUGCCCAACGGGGAGGUGUUUGUGGUGUACAAGCUGCUCUGCAAGGUAGCGCGAGACUUUGGGCAACCGACGGAGAUCAUCUUUACCGACACGGCUCAAUCGAUCAAACGGUACGUACCGCUACGGGUACUGGAGAGCCGGUCUGUGCAGCAGAGAAUGACCAUGACGGCAUGCGUUGAUAUGAGCGAUUAUCUAGAGCUGGAGGAAGAGUUCCGGAUGCCUUCGGCCGUGCUGCAGUACUUCCUGCACCACCAAAUCGUAGGCGUGGAAGAUUUCAUCGUGUACAACAGUAACGCGCUAAAUGGAGCGACCACCUCGCUGCUGUACAGUCACGGCAUCAAGAUCAAUCUGUUGCCGUACAACUUCCCGUUCGCGUUGGCCGACAAACAGCAGAACCGGCUGCUCAUCGAAAUGGACUGCCUGAUGCGUAACUACAACGCGGCCAAACUUUCCUUCAUCGGUGCCAUCAACGAGUAUCUGUAUCCGAGCUCUCGGUUGCGCGUGAACAACAAAUUUCUCAAGUACGCGUGGAAAGUGUCCAGCGAUGUGUCGCGCUUUGCCAUCGCCAGCCGGUCGGUGUGUAUCGACAAGCGGAAGAAAGUGUUCUCCGACAAUUUGCUGUACGAUGUGGAUGUCGGUGCGCAACUGACCGCGCCAUCCGAGCGACCAUUCUAUGUGUACAAACCGCAGGACUACAACCGCACGGCCGGAACGCCCGAGUUCGUGAAAACGCUUGACGUCGAUCGGUCGAUGAUCUUUGUCCAUCGGUAUGGCGGAAAGUGUAGCAGCAAAACCAAUCUGCACGACUGGACGAUUAGCCUGCAGCCGGACUUUCUCCAGUACGUGACGGAUGUGGGCCGAGAGCUGAACAAACUUAUCUUCCGAUAAGCGAACGAACGAACCUUGAUGGAGGAUCAACUGAUCGUAGUGAAAGUGGAAGGAAGGUUAGGAGCUAUGAAAAGAGACGAGUGAUGCCGCGGUGAUAUAUUUGUACCUUUCUCUAGAGGCCACUCCGUGCCAGCAGGAAUGGGGGAAAAGCGUACAGACGCUAUUUGUUAAGACGAUUCGCUCAAAUUGAUACUAGGCAACGGAUGGUAGAGUAAGAACAUUUCCCGACCGGUUUCUCGGUACAAGAAACAACUUCCCGUAAUCUCCUACCAUAAAGGUUGUCUAGAAAGUUCCUUUACCGUAACCCGAUAGAAUUAUCUCUACCUUACACCGAAAUACUAUCCAAUAACCAAGGCCAUAAAAAGGGACUACUCUCAUGUUUCGGCUCGAUUAUUUGUUGUGAUGAACCUACCUGCAGCUAGCUACUAGGGUGAUCAUCCCUUUUCUCGCCAUUCACACGUGUUACACUCGUCUGAUUUUAAGCGGGACACAUCUGGCAAACUUGACACAGCCCCGGCAAAACGAAUGAUAGAUCUCGGUAGGCAUGAACACGACGGUAGCUCGUAAGUAAUUUGUAGAAACAGAAGACAGCAAAAAAUAGCAAUCGACACGCCGAAAAACGUGUGCUCGCAAACGGUACAGUUUUUCGCGACACUAACAGAACAAUAAUUAUUCAAUCAAACAAAAAGAAAAUCUUCUCCCUCUCUUUAACCGUAACUCGUAUUUGAUCUUAUCUCUUGCCGGUAUUUGGAGCAAGCAUCCAAACGAUAUCAAUUUAUUAUCAAUUUUUCAAAUAAAAGUUCAGCGAAAAUCUAUGAGAAUCA